AUGCUUCUCUUAUUCUCCGUCUCUGUCUUCUUUCUACUCCUCGCCACCGCUCUCUACUUCACGCGCUCUCUGUGGAUACCCCAUGUAUCCGAGUUAAAUAUACCCGGGCGCGACUACCUUUAUGCGAGAUUACCAGACAGCUUCCACGGUGACGUAGAGGCCGGCCUCUCAAGCAGCACCUUUGAUCUCAGUAGCAACAUCGAAGCAGGCGACUCGCGUGCUGGUCUUGAUGAUCAAAGCAAAGCCGAAAUUCUCAAAAUCAUGAAGAAGCGCCGUCUCAAGUUUGACGACGCCAGGAAAGUCUACAUGGAAAAUCGGUUCAAGGCGAACGGGAUCGGACCCGAUGGGAGGCCGAGGGAUCCGAAAUUCGUCAGCUUCUCGUAA